AUGGACCUUGGAACGGGAGAUGGAUGGAUGACUGACCCGGACAUCAAACUUUUCGACUCGAACAAGUUCGCCGGAGAGAUCAAACAGCUAGACACUGACGAGGGAACAUUGAUCACUCCAGAACAAUACAACGACUUCAUCUCCUUCCUGACUCAAAUCGCCAACACGCAUGUCGAUUUCGGCCAAAAGGCAUCCCUCGAGGGGGACCAACAGAUGCUGCUGUACGCCGUAGGUAAUGCACAGGCCCAAGUCAGUACGGGGGAGCUGGACACAGAUUCGGUGGCCCAGUGCGUGCAGCAACUCGUUCAGGAGGGACACUGUAACAAUAUCCUUGAAUAUUUGAAUGUGAUGCACAAGGACGAGAUCGAUUUCAGCAGUGGCGGCGAGUCACAGAAUUUGCAAGAUACGCUUAACGAAGUGUGUCAAUACACGGGAGAUGUUAAGGGAGAUCAACCCAUCCUUGUGAGUCUUGCGCAGGGUUUCUUGCAGAGUUUCUGA